AUGGAAAAUAAACAACCUGUUGAGAAUCAAUUUCUUACUCCAAAUCGUUCUAAUUCACAUGAAAAUUCAUAUGAUUCUGGAAAAGGAUCUGAUAUUACUACACCAACAGAUGAUAAAAAUAAAUCACCACCAAUUAAAGAUGCUCAUAGUACACCUGCUAUCAUUAAAUUAAGAAAGGCUGCCGAGGAGUUUCAUACUUUUUCUCCAUCUGAUAAUAUGUUAUCACCAUGUACUCGAAAGUUGUUUGCCAAUAAAAUAAGAAAUAAGAAAUUUGUAUCAAAUUCUAUGAAUAUCCAUAAUCCACAAUAA